AUGGGAAGACAAGGUUAAUUAUUCUACUUCUACUAAUAUCCAAAUUUUUACACCAAAUACUCCAUAUAGAUAGUUCGAAUUGGAUAGCAGUAAUAAUCAAUUUUAGCGCGAAUUGUUUGGAGGGGAAGUAUGCCCUUUCUAACUUGAUGCAUUCGGCUCGUGCAAUUUCUUUCCCUGCUAGAAGAUCCGUAAUUUUGAUAUUGACUCCCUUUUGUGUCUGCUGUUUUAAUUAUUUCAAUGGCUUUUUUCAUUGCUUUCGCAAUGAAACUCUAUCUUUUAAUUGGAAAGCCAUAUAUUCUGUAAGAAUAUUAGGUUGUCUAUAAGGUUGUUUAACCUUUUUGAUAGCAAUAUUAAGUGUCUAAUUUACUUCCUUUUGGAGAUCGUAAUAAAGCUAGAUCAAAUCUUUUCUGAAAUAUAGCCCAGGAUGAUGGUGUGACCAUUUCAAAAUGCACAGUGUUACAUAUGACACCUCAGGAGAUAAGAAGAUGAUUGGAGUGUAGGACGAUCUAGAGGUCAGGCCAACUGACUUUUCAAAAUGAGAUAGAUUAUUCCAUGCAACUAUACCCCAAAAACAAACCUUUCGAUGACCCUGCCGUCCUCCCUGGGUUGUGGCGUUAUGCCGCAUCGACCAAUUCAGAUCUCACAAUCAUCGGCGACGCGUACCUUGGACUUUUAUCUGCUUCUGACUCAGUGACUUCGUCUAAUCCGCGUAAGCUAGUGAAGUUUUUCUAUGUGGUUGCUUAGCUUCCUGGAAACAUGCAUGUUUCACCACUACUCAAUCGUGUCGUGGCAUUAUAAUCUGUGGUACCCUCCUCCCACUUCUCAUCACCCCCAUUAUACUGCUCUCCACCUCGAUCGCAUCUCUCUGUAGCUCCAGCCAUGGCCACCGGCGGGCAACGCUCGACCCCAUCGUUCUUCAACUUCCUGAAGGAAGGCCUGCUCCUCCCUGCCCAGAACCCGAGGCUCUUCGCGGCAGUCUUUGCAAUCAUCGUCGCCUCCACCUCUCUACUCCUUCUCGGCCAUUCCCUCGCCGUCAAGCCCCUCCUAGACGAGAUUAGCAUCGACACCAAGGCGCUCAACAGCACCGACCCCCGCAGCCCAGACUUCAUGCACCUCAUCCAGGAGAUACAGGUUGACGCCCGGGAUCUCAUGAUUACCAGCGCCGUCUAUGUCCUGGUUUCCCUCAUCAUUGGAUGGGUCAUCCGGAUCAUCGUCCUCUUUGCCGCCGUCGCGACAUGCUCCGGUGAGCUGCAGCACACCUUUGCGUCGCUCCUCGGCAAAGCGAAGGCGCAGCUGAAAGGCCCCAUACUAACGCUCGCCUUCGUCUGUGCGCUGGAGAUCGCCUACCUCGCGCUUGUUGCGGCCAUGGCUGGGCUUCUCUUCUUCCUCAUGAUCAAGCGAUACUUGGCCUUGUUAUUUGUAUGCGCGCUGCUCGUCAUCGUAGCGUCCAUCUUCGCCGUGUACUUCUCCUUCGUAUGCUCGCUGAGCAUCGUCGUGGCGGUCGCUGAGCCCGGGUGCCACGGCGCUGGCGCGGUUGGGCGGGCGUUGCGGCUGAUGAAGGGGAAGGGGAAGCUCCUGCAGGCCGUGUUUUUCAUCUUCGUGACCGUCGUGCUCGCUGCCGCCUUCUGGCCCGUCUACACCCUCGCCAAGACGUGCGCCGUUACUAACAUGGCGUUAGGGUUGCUCUUGGGGUUACUGUACACCGCCCUGAUGGCGGCCGUGCAGGUGUUUGCCUCCUGCGCCAUGACCGCGUUCUACUACGAGUGCAAGGGGAGCACCGAGGCCUUGGCCACGGAGUACAUCCAAGUGUCUACCGAAGAGCAAAUAAAUGUUUGAUUAUCGAUUGCUAGCUACUACCUCCUCGUUCUCUGCCAAAUGUGUAAUUAAUACUCUAUUUUUUGUUUCAUUUGAGAAUUUACUACUACGUGGAUUGUGAGAUGCAAGAAAAAAAUACGUGGAUGUGAGAUGCAAGAAAAAAAAUACAUACAGCUCGACUUAUGGGGGGCAAUAAAAAUAUCUUUUUGAGUUCUUAUA